AUGGCGACAGAGUGGGAUCGCAUCAGAUCCGACCCGUUUCACAUCCCAAAGGAGUUGCCGGAGGAGAUGCAGCAGGAGUUACGCGAGUCCAAGACUCCCCGAAUCAACCAGACUACGACCGGCUAUCCCAUUGUGGAUGGCAAAUAUAACGACUUCAAAGAAGGUCGCGUGAGAAAACUCCAAGAGGGCGACCAUUGUCGCACGGGUCCACCAACAAUCGACGUGUACUGGCACAACUCCUGGGUCAUCCCGCGUCAGGAUGCGUUUUACAUCCUCCGUGACGCGUACGUCUCCGGCGACGUCACUUCAUAUGUGGUCAAGCUGGGCGACUUCUUCAGCCGGGGCGGGUGCGAGCUCUACUCGCUGACCGUCACCACGUACUCUGUCGUGGUCCUCAUCGGGACUGAGCGCUCGUACGACGACAUCAUGCCGCAGUACGCUGCGUGUGGGCUGGGCGGGUACGUACCGAAGGAUCAACGCCACGGAAAACAGACCGCGGCGGAACAGGGCCACAAGAAGUCGACGGUAGCAGAUUCACAGGAGGCAGAGUCGGCUGCGUCAAGGGUCUGA